AUGUCCAAUCCUGCCCAGAAGACGAGUGGGUGGAGCCAUCUCAACCAUGACAAGCAAAAGAUCAGAUUAUUGGAGGUCGAUGUGCUUACCCUCAGGCACCAUUUGAAGACCAUCUCACUACGCUCAGAACAUUUGCAGUACACUGCACUCUCUUACCCAUGGGGAAGCCAACUCCAGGAGUCAAGCAUCUACAUCGGCGAUGCUGCUUUCGAGAUUACGCACAACUUAAAACGAGCGCUCCAGGAGGUGAUGGCAUUCUUGAAACAUGAUUGCGCGCUGACAGGACGAAAAAUGCUGCUGUGGUGUGACCAGAUCUGCAUUGAUCAGAGCGACAUCGACGAGAGAAAUCAUCAAGUCGCAUUUAUGGGUCGCAUAUACAGCCAAGCGGAGCAAGUUCUCGUCUGGUUGCCUAUCAUAUCCGAGCUCAUCGCGCCUUGGCAUUCAUGGGAAGAGUUCAGAGACUGGCACUUCAAUCACAUGCACGGGCCCGACUUGCACGCAGAAGCUGACACAGAAUUCGAGGAUCAAAAUCAUCAUGAGUCGGCUGAGAGCAUGCACGGUGUGGAUGUCUGGGACAGUGUGAUCAAGAUCGUAUCUAGCUAA